AUGUCGUUGAUUUACUUGCGGCCAAUGGGCCGCCGACUGCCCAACUUACAUAUCUCUCGUUUACACGUUACCUUAGCUCCUCGUUGCCACCGUCUGCAAGUGCCCAAGUUCGACCUGACCGCACUCGACGUGAAAUGGCGUGCGGAAUGGAAUCGCCUCAAGCAAGACCAGGCUCACGAUGGAGCAGAAGCAGAGAAGCAGUCCAGAUACAUCCUGCCCAUGUUUCCGUAUCCUUCUGGGCGUCUUCACAUCGGUCACCUGCGCGUCUAUACCAUCGCCGAUGUUCUUGCGAGGUUCUACACGCUCCAGGGGGAGAAGCCGAUUCUUCCUAUGGGGUGGGAUGCCUUUGGUUUGCCCGCUGAGAAUGCUGCCAUUCAGCGAGGUAUAAACCCUGCAGUAUGGACGAAGAGUAAUAUUACCAAGAUGAAGGAGCAGAUGGGGUUCAUGAAUGGCAGCUGGGACUGGGACCGUGAAAUCUCCACGUGCCAUCCUGAAUUCUACAAGCAUACCCAAAAGAUCUUCCUGAUGCUGCACGAGAAGGGGCUGGCAUACCAGGCUGAAGCCGAGGUCAACUACGACCCUGUGGACAAGACGGUGCUGGCAAAUGAACAGGUGGAUGCGAAUGGUUGCUCCUGGAGGUCUGGUGCCAAGGUCGAGAAGCGCCGGCUGAAACAGUGGUUUUUCAAGAUCACCGAAUUUCGAGAAUCUCUGCUGCAGGACCUCGAGGUGCUGGCAAAAGAUGAUGCAUGGCCCGAGAGGGUGUUGGCAAUGCAGAAGAACUGGCUUGGCAAGUCCGAGGGCGCCAUGGUUAAGUUUCCCGUCAUGGCGCAUAGCCAAGACAUGCACGCCGCCAUCGAGGUCUUUACCACCAGGCCUGACACAUUGUUCGGCGUACAGUAUCUGGCGCUUGCAGCGACGCACCCAAUCGUGCAGCACCUCGCUGAGACGGAUCCUGAGCUUCAGGCGUUCCUAGACACCUUGCCUGGCUUGCCACCGGACUCCAAGGUUGGCUACAUGCUCCCUAGCCUGAGGGCUAUUAAUCCUUUGGCGUAUCACGAGGACACCCCAGCCUCUUCCAAGGAGUCACUGCCAGUGUACGUUGCUCCGUAUGUUCUCGGGGACUAUGGAGAGGGUGCCGUCAUGGGCGUUCCCGGACACGACCUUCGUGACAACGCCUUCUGGAAGGAACAUCACUAUGACCAGCCUGUACGUAUUGUGCUGGCAGCUUCUGAGGACGAGACUACGACGACAAUGCCAAAUGAGCCAUUCGUCAAGCACGGAGUCAUGACAGCACAGAGCGGCCCCUUGAAGGGCAAGUCAUCCCAAGAAGGCGGAAAGAUGUUGAUUCAGAUGCUCGAGGCUGCCGAACUGGCCAAGCCAGUCGAGAAAUGGAGGCUGAGGGACUGGCUCGUCAGUCGGCAGAGGUACUGGGGCACACCGAUCCCCAUCAUCCACUGCGCCUCAUGUGGAGCUGUACCGGUUCCUGACGAUCAGCUCCCGGUCAAGCUGCCCGAGGUUGACAAUCACUGGGCUGAAGGCAAGCCGGGCAACCCACUUGAGUCCGCCACCGACUGGAUCAACACUUCUUGUCCCAAGUGUGGCGGCUCUGCGAAGAGGGACACUGACACGAUGGACACGUUCGUCGACUCGAGUUGGUACUACAUGCGUUUCAUCGACCCACACAAUGCUGAUGCGCUUUUCUCUGCUGAAAAGGCAUCUUUGCUCCCAGUUGAUAUCUAUCUUGGGGGCAUAGAACACGCCAUCUUGCAUCUUCUCUAUGCCCGCUUCAUCUACAAGUUCCUCAUGACAUCUGCCGCUCUUCCCGAUGCAUCACCAGAGGUUUCUCACGAACCAUUUGCCCGUCUCAUCACCCAGGGAAUGGUUCACGGAAAGACGUUUAUCGACCCUUCCAGUAGCCGCUUCUUGACGCAUGACGAGGUUGAUCUGCAAGAUCCUGCCCGCCCGAGAAUUAUUGCCACGGGUGAGAUAGCGAGCGUCAGCUAUGAGAAGAUGUCGAAAUCCAAGUUCAAUGGCGUCGAUCCUACCGAAUUGAUUGCCAGACACGGCGCUGAUGCCACCCGGGCACACAUGCUUUUUCAAGCACCGGUCAGCGACGUGGUGAACUGGGAUGAGGAUAAGAUUGCCGGCGUAACGCGCUGGCUUGGCCGGAUCCUUGAUCUCGUGGUAAAGACGAACUGCCCAGCGGCCGAAAUUCAAGACGCAACGCUCUCUGAGCUUAUCACAGAGACGAGCAGGAAGCUUCCCCAAAUGAACAAGCCCGACCUGGCAUGGUGGGAUGACAACUUCGCCCUGUGGAGAGAUGUGCAGCGGACAAUCGAGUCUGUGACAGAAUCUUACCGCGGCGUGUACUCACUGAACACCAUUAUCUCUGAUCUGAUGAGUCUGACCAAUACCAUUGCGGCGCACCCCGACGCCCACGACAAGAUGCGCUGCGCCGCUGUCUCAGCACUAGUCAGGAUGCUCGCCCCCAUCGCACCGGCUGUCGCGUCUGAGUGUUGGCAGAUACUCGGGGCGAAAGACUCACUCUUCUCGGGCUCUGUGUCUUUUCCUGUGGCAGAUGGCACCCUCCCCCUCCUGAAGGCAAGGACGCAAGCAUGCGCGGUGCAGAUCAAUGGAAAGCUCCGAGUGGCGGUUGACAUACCCAGGCCGCCCGAGCACGCAAUGGAGGAGAGCGAGCUGAAGAGGUGGUUCGUGGAUAGGAUCCUUGAGGCGGACGGCGCGUCGAAACUGGGCGAUGCGGAUGCGAUCCGUUCGGCCAAGAAGGUCAUUGUGGUUCGCAGCGGCCGCGUUGUGAACUUUGUACUGUAG